UAACCCUACUUUGUUUUUUCUUUUUAUCUUGGAAAAAAAGCAUAAUUUUAAUUAAAAAUGAGUGCCCCAAAGAGCACACUAAUAUUUGAGAUUAUCGGCGAGUGUAAAACCACUAAAGCUCGCGUUGCUAAAAUGACUUUACCGCACGGGCCCGUGGAUACACCCGUUUUUAUGCCAGUUGGGACACAAGGAACACUAAAGGGCAUGCUCCCGGAACAACUAAAAUCAAUGGGAUUGCAAAUAAUGCUUUCAAAUACUUACCAUUUGGGAACAAGGCCGGGCAUAGAGAUCCUUAAAAAAGCAGGUGGCCUACAUAAAUUCAUGAACUGGAAUGGAAACUUGCUUACAGAUUCCGGUGGGUUUCAAAUGGUUUCCCUUCUAAAACUAGCUGAAAUCACCGAGGAGGGAGUCAAGUUUCAAUCGUUAAAUGAGCACAAAGACGAGGUGAUGCUCACCCCGGAGCACUCAAUAGAAAUCCAGAAUGCCAUUGGGGCAGAUAUCGUUAUGCAGUUAGAUGAUGUAGUAAAAACUACUAAUCCUGAUAAAGAGAGGAUUGAAGAGUCUGUGCAUAGAACCACCAGGUGGUUGGAUAGAUGUUUAAAAGCUCAUAAAAAUCCUGACACUCAAAACAUUUUUCCUAUAGUGCAAGGUACUUUGUAUGAAGAUUUGCGGAAGAUAAGUGCAGCAGACCAUGUUAAAAGGGAUGUCAAUGGGUUUGCUAUUGGAGGACUAAGUGGAGGAGAGAGUAAAGAUGACUUUUGGAAAAUAGUGCAUCUCUGCACAGAUUUACUUCCAAAAAAUAAACCGAUUUACUUAAUGGGGGUUGGGUUUGCAACAGAUCUUGUUGUAUGUUGUGCGUUAGGAGUUGAUAUGUUUGACUGUGUUUUUCCUACAAGAACUGCUAGAUUUGGUUGUGCUUUAUUGAUGGAUGGUCAAAUAAACCUAAGAAAAAAACAAUAUGAGAAAGAUUUCAGUCCGAUUGAUAAGGAUUGUAGUUGUAACACCUGUAAAAACUAUACAAGAGCCUAUUUACAUGGAAUUGUUACGGAUUUACCUGUGGCUUGUCAUUUGGUGACUGAACACAAUGUUGCUUUUCAGUUAAGGUUAAUGAGGUCCAUAAGGGAGAGUAUUUUAAAAGGGGUAUUCAAGGAGUUUGUACAAACUUUUAUGUUAAAUUGUUACCCAGAUAAGGCUUAUCCUACUUGGAUAAGAGACUCUUUGAAGGCUGUUAAUAUAGAACUUUUGUGAAUAAUACAAAUACCAAAACUCAGA